AUGUCGGAGGACGACGUCGACAUGCUCGGCCCCGACGGGCAGGGGUCAUCCAAAGUUGACCGUGACCGCCGUGCGCCGAGGUUCAGUUGGACGCCCGCAUACGAGACGACUUUUUUUCGCAGCCUUUGCGAAAGCGUCCAGUUGGGCUUGCGCGAGAACAGCAGUUUCAAAGCGGAGGCGUGGGACCGCGCUGCUCUAGCCCUGCAGGACAGCCACGGCGCGUAUCCUGCCAAGAGCCACCUGAUCAACAAGAGCGACAAUGCGCGGAAGCGGUUUCGACUAUGGCGAGGGCUUCGCGAAGACCCCGAGUUUAUGUACAAUCCCGUCUCCAAGACGGUGACGGCUACUGAGGAGGCCUGGAGAGCGCACAUAGAGAGAGAACCGCUGUCGAGGGCUCUGAGGGGUCGGCCGUUUGAUCAUGAAGAGUACAUGGAGAUACUGUACCCCGAUGUCAUCGGGUCUGGUGGUGCGCCAAAGAGGAUAAUGAAACCUCGUCGUAGGACAGAUGGACAGCCAGGCGACGAGUCAGAUAUGCCGGGGACGGGCGUUUUGAAUCUUCAACCAGAGUCUGCAUCUGGACAAAAUACUCUUGAAAGCCCUGGUCCUGCUCGCUCAUCUUUGAGCCAAACGCCAAUUGGCUCCGCCACAGCAUCAGGUACUCAGCUGAAGCCAAGCUCUACCACGAUCCCUCCACGAACUACACCGACGCAGCCUUCCGCUCUCACUCCUCCAGAUGAGUCGGCCAACCACGCGAAGAAACGGGUGAUGCCCGCUCCUCAAACUGAAGGCGCGUUUGGUGCAACGCCGCCGCCUUCUGCCGCCAAGUCGGGCAAUGCCAUGGCAGACGCCCCGUCGCCCGAGAAGAAACGACGAACCUCUAUACACGGUGACCCUGUGCCUGUUGUCACGUCGACUUCGAGCAACUGCCUUCACCAUGCUUCAUCGUCCGACUCGCCUACUGCUGUGCAGCUCCCACCGCCAGUGACCCUGGCAACUCCUCAGACGACAGCCGCAGACUCGCAGCCAAACGGAUUGUCAACCUGUUUAAGCAGCUCGCGAUGGUGCGAACUAGCUCUGGAGCAGUUCUUCAAGGAUUUUGCAGGCGAGGACAUGGACCUUCAAAUACGAGUUGCGGAAACGGUUUUGGUUGAUGAGAGCAGAGCACUGGUGUAUUGCAAAAUGCCCUGGUGCGUGAAACAACACUGGAUAAAGAAACUUGAUGAGACGUUCCGGAAAAUGCGGUUUCAAAGCUCCUGGCCUGGCCUGGCCCGGCCUGCAUCACAUGAAGCCAUUGAUCUGCCCACCACCCUCUUCUCAUCUUCCGUCUUAUCUUCCCUAAACCGGUCAUCCUCAGUGUCUUACGCCGACGUAGCCGCCAGUGGCCCCAAGCAGUCCCCCGAGGACGCUGCCGCCCCCCGACCCGCCGAGGUCGUCACCACCGAGUCCGCCUCCACAGCCUCCCUCAUCGACGUCGACGUCCCUAGCGUGCGCACCGUGCCCUCCGACUUCCUCGAGCAGGACGUCCAGACGGAAACCCAGGCCGGGCGGCUGGAGCGCGACGUCGAAGCGGCCAAGGCCAAGGCCGAGCAGGCCAGGAAGAAGGCGGGGAAAAAGGCACGCGACACCGACUCGUGGCUCGUCAGGCAGUUUUCGAGCCUGUCCGACGGCAGCGCCGGAGCCCUGGUCAUCACGAAUGUCGCUGCUGUUGUUGGCGUGAGCUCCUACCUGGGCUAUCGCGCCUGGGGCCUCUACGAGAAGGGCAACCUGACCUGGAAGAAUGCCGGUGUCGGUGUUGGAAUACUGGCCGGCGUGGGUGCCGUUGAGGCUGUUUUUGGGCGGUACUUGUACAAGGGCAAGAAGAAUGGCUCGUCCUGA